CUGAUUACUAACAGCAAUGGCGGUCAUGCUGACGCGCCGAGUCCCCAUGGUCAGAGCGCCGAGCCUCCGGCUUCGGUAAAACUUCAAAGGAAGCAGCCCCAAAAUCGGCGUACAGCUUUCACCAGACAACAGCUGGAAGGGUUGGAGGAGGAGUUCCGCACCAACGCCUAUCUCACCCGUCUGCGUCGCUACGAAGUGGCAGUUAGCCUUGGUCUCUCAGAGCGUCAGGUAAUUAGGAGUUGA